UGGUGCUGAGCUAUACCUGACGCAGCUUGAAUCUCGCCUCCUUGUUCCACUUUGUUAUGUUUUUCGCCCUCGGAAUUGUAAGGUAAAUCUAAAACAUGUUUUGACGUACAAAUGAGCAUAUCUUGCAGUUAUAACCUCGCAAAACCGGUAGCUGAGCUUGGACCUGUUAGUGCACAGGAUACAUUAAGCACGUUCAUGUUAUGUUUGACCUAGCGGAUGGUUGCCCUUGUCAUAAUUUCAUUUCGCAGGUGAAAUGCGUGGCAUCAGGCCUUGACAUCAAUGUGCAGAACGAACUGAAUCACGGAAGGAGCACUAUUGUUGCUGACUGCGGUUGGGGAAUAUUCAAUCCUUUUGCAUUUCAAGGAUGUGGAAACAACACAUUUUGUUCCAGGCAGUUUGUUCCAGCUCCGUUGUCGCAGUUAAAGUAACAGGACACCGUACGAUGUUAUAACUUUUUACUAGCCUACAUGUAUCUCACCGAUAUCAUGGCUUCUCCAAAGAUAUACUUAAAAUGUUGCAUGUGUACUUUAUUGCGUCACUGGAAGAUGGUAACUGUGUUAACUCUGUACGUCGUGGCUCACUACUUUCUUUUUAGGACAGAUACCACAGUGAACGAUGGUAUGCGGUCUGUUUCCGAUGUGUUUGUGACUGCAGCUAUAAGCCGAGAAAACGUGUCAGGAAUGAACGGCGCCACACCUGCCACUGUGGCCGGUGGAUUGACGAUGAGUAGCGUUCCAAUACAAUGGAGAGAAAAAAUCAAACUGAGACGCCAACAUGUUAAAGACGUUUGUCGGAAGUUCAAUCUUACUCAUAACUUAGACGGUAAAGACCUCAACUUUUUGGGUCACAUUGCUGCCUCGUUGGGUAACCUACUGGUGGUAGAAAAAGCAAAGUUUGCCUUUUGCUACGUUCCCAAAAUUGCCAAUACGAACUGGAAGCGCACGUUGCUUGCACUAGCGGGUGCACUUAAUACGUACGAUAUCAGGAAAGUGAGGGCGAGGGAUGUCCAUUAUGAACUUGCAGCGAAAUACAUAAAGCCAUUGAAUCAAUAUUCAGUGGACGACAGAAAACAUAUUUUGGAAACUUACAAAAAGGCUAUGUUUUUUAGAAAUCCUCUUGAGCGUUUGCUCUCGGUAUUUAGAAACAAGAUUGAAAACAAGCCGUAUGAACACCCCGAAAUAUUGUCACUCGUGGGGAACUACGUCAUGUCGCGCUUUAGGGGUGUAAAAUCUGGAUUCCCAAUAAAGAUAGAACGCCAGAAAGAAAAAAUACUCGGUCAGAUGCCAUCAGGGAAAACAUUCGAAGCCGACCUGAAAAAUAUUCCAGAUUUAUUUCCAAGUAUAGACAUAACAUUCGAUGAAUUUUUGCGUUACGUUACUGAACAUCCGGGUAAGUAUAAUACACAUUGGGCACCUCCGUUUACCACGUGCUUUCCUUGUCAAAUAGACUAUGACGUCAUUGGGAGCUUUGAUACUAUGUCUGAGGACGCCGAGAAUAUAUUAAAAAUUUUGAAUGCCGAUCCUGCGCUAAAAUUCCCACCAGAAGAUGCAGGGAAGAUACGAACAGUUUCUGUAAUGCGGGACUACUAUCAUAACAUCUCAAAGUCUACAAUAGCUCAAUUACAGCAGCAAUAUCGUAUAGAUAUUGAAAUGUCUAAUUUUGCCGAUAUCAAGUAAAUCACCAAGGCAAAAUGUUGCAAAUUACAUUCAUCUGACCCAGGAAAACGUUCACAAAAUGUGGUGCGUUCAAUUAGAGUUUUACUCAUAUCGCAUUAUGUAUGCAUUUCACAACUCGCAAGCAAAGGCGAUACGAUCAUUAAUGCAUGCGAAUUGUAACUGUAUAGCAGGUGGUAGGAUCAUUAGUCGGCACGAGGUUUGUAACGAUUCAAUAAUUAAAACCGGCUAUUAUGUUAAAAGCAAUGCAUGAUAAUUAUUUGUGAGGAAUUCUUCGCGAAAAUGGCGUUAUCGUUGAUGCUUGAGUUUAAAGGGAUAAUAACUCUUCGUAUGAGAUCUAUAUUUCGGAAUAAAAACAUA